AUGGUCGAUGUGAGGAUAGCUAGUAGUCGUUCCACAACGAAAUCUACUGUUUCUACGGAAAUAAGUAACCUUGUGACACCGGGAGAUGUGAUCACUGCAGACACUGGUUUCAUGCGUGGACAUGGAACAUACAUGGAGGAUGAAAAGCUCUACGCUUCUGUAGCAGGUGUGGUGGAGAGAGUUAACAAACUUAUUUGUGUAAAACCUUUGAAAACCAGGUACAAUGGAGAAGUUGGGGAUGUGAUAAUUGGUCGUAUCCUUGAAGUUGGAACUCGCCGUUGGAAGGUGGAUACUCAUGCGAAAUUGGAUUCUGUACUGAUGCUGUCCUCUGUCAAUCUUCCUGGAGGAGAAUUGAGAAGAAGGUCAGAGGAAGAUGAGAAAAUGAUGAGAACCUACCUCAAAGAAGGAGAUUUGAUCAGUGCAGAAGUACAGUCUGUAUUUUCUGAUGGAGUUUUGUCUCUCCACACCAGGAGUCUCAAGUAUGGAAAAUUAUCACAAGGUCAGUUGAUUUCCAUCUCACCAUCUCUGAUCAAGCGUCGUAAGACUCACUUCCACAACCUGCCGUGCGGAGCCAGUAUUAUUCUGGGUAAUAACGGGUACAUAUGGAUAUGUCCUACCAUCAACGAGGAAACAGAACAGACAGGAGGGUAUGAGCAGAAUCUGGAACCAAUUCAGAAGUCUGACAGGGAAGUGAUAGCCAGGCUACGUAACUGUGUACUAGCUUUAGCAGAACACAAAAUGAUGCUGUACGAUACCAGUGUCCUCUACACAUUUGAGGCCUCUCUUAAAUACUCUGUGAAGGAGACACUGAAGCCUGAAGUGAUGGCAGAGGUCAUAGAGGUGACCCAGCAGAGACUAGAGAGGGAAGGAACAUGAUCUCCACACACCUGUACAAUGAUUAUUGUCAAAUCAAUUGGGACAUUUAACAUACCAAUAGGGUACAAAAUAUUGUCUGUUUCUCAAAACAACAGUCAUCACAUCAUAAAAGGUCAAGGUUAAUUACAUACAGCAAGUCACACUUUUUUCAUUUUAGAAGAUAUUUCCAUUUUGCUAAUGUGACUAUUUUGAAGACCUAAAAUGUGACAUGUUUAAUUCAUUAAGGAGAAUAAGAAUCUGAAAGCGCUUUGACUUGUAAGAAUAUGACUUGGUACCACAUAACUGGUGACUGAUAAACAAGGAUAUGAAUGUGCCUCAACACAUCACUGAGUUAGGAGGGAGUCUGAAUUUCUUUUACAUAAUUGUUGCGAGAAUGUGACUACAUCACAGGACUGAUGUAUGAGAGUGAAUAUGCUGCACAAGUGUGAGAAGUUGAAUUUAAUAAAAGAUUAUUGUCAACAA